GUCCCGCGUGGACUAAUUCUCUCUUGCUUAUGUUAAUGCACAGUUCUCCCUCUCAGAGUGGGACACUUUGAUGCCUCUCCUCAGUGAUAAAACAAAAGAAAAAGGUUUUUUUUUCUGCCCCCUUCUCCCAACGCUCCUUCAGAGGCUCAGCUGUGCGCCCCCUCCACCUCCCCACCCCCUGCACCUUUAAGGCAAUGGAGAGAGAGACCAGCGGCUGCGGAGAAGGAGGCAAGGGUUUAUUCCACUGCGCUCUGAGGCACGGCAGGUUUUAAGCGCAGGGACCAGUGUGCGCAGUUUGUGUGUGCGGCAGCAGCGGAGGAGAAGAUGCGUGUGCUUGUUGCUCGCCGGACGGAGAGAGGCGGCGAAGAGAGAAUGAGUUUUCAGCGCAGCUAACAAUCAACUCUUUGCGCUUUUUAUUGCUUGGAGAAACGAAAAAAAGAAAAUCCAACUUUUACGCAUUUUUAUUUCCGUUCCACCUGAGACGACAUGAUUGGCUCUUUCCCCUGCAAAGAAUUCUGAUUUGUUUCUCAUUUAUUGGUUAUUUUUCUUUCAUCUGGAUUUUUGUUUUUUGUUAUUUUUAUUGUUUACGCGUAGAGUUGGGUUUGCGCACAGGCUGCUUGUCCUAUAUGCGUCUCAACCAGUCUCUGACUCAGCAGCAGCAGCGGCGGUGGCGGCGGCGGCGGCACAGCUCACCUGCACCUGAGCGCACCGAGCACAGCUCCCUCAUGUUCCUCUCACAGCAGCGCUCCGACACUGGGGGACGACUGCACUAAGGCCCGGCGCGGCGCGGUGCGGUUCGGUGCGGUCAGUCCGACAAAAAGAGGGGGGGGGACGCACACAGUUGUGGAUCAUAUACUUAUCCCCCGCUGUACCAGGAGACAAUCAGCAGCAGGAAGAAGCUUAAACCUCCUCCUCUUCAUCUUCCUCCCAAACGUGAAGAAUUGAGGGAGAAAAAGAGAGAGGGAGAGAAAGAAAGAGAGGAGAGAUUUUUUCCAGCUCCCUUCCUUUCAUUGCAGUUGACUUGUUGAAGGAAGAAAUAAAAGAAAGCAAUAAGAAGAAAGAGUGCGGGGAGAAAAGAAGAAAAAAAGCAUAAGCUUGGAUAUUGAACGGAGCGGGGCAUGUGGAUAUUGGCUCUCCUCUUUUCUCAGUGCAUCUUGAAUGUUUUCUGUGAAGAUCUACGUUCCAGCUUAUAUUUUGUCAAUGCAUCUGUGCAAGAGGUAGUGUUCGCCAGCACCACAGGGACAUCAGUGCCCUGUCCUGCCGCAGGCCUGCCCCCUGUCUCACUGCGCUGGUACCUGGCCACAGGCGAGGAGAUCUACGACGUGCCAGGGAUCCGCCAUGUGCACCCCAAUGGCACCCUCCAGAUCUUCCACAUACCCCCUUCCAGCUUCAGCAAACUCAUCCAUGACAGCACCUACUAUUGCACAGCGGAGAACCCCUCAGGGAGAAUCAGGAGCCAAGAUGUCCACAUUAAGGCUGUCCUUCGAGAGCCCUACACUGUCCGGGUGGAGGACCAGAAAGCCAUGAGAGGCAAUGUGGCGGUCUUCAAGUGCAUUAUCCCUGCCUCAGUGGAGGCCUACAUCACUGUUGUGUCCUGGGAGAAAGACACAUUGUCAAUCAUCUCUGAAAUGUCGCGGUUUCUCAUCACAUCUACGGGAGCCCUGUAUAUCCUGGAUGUGCAAAUGGAAGACGGGCUGUACAACUACAGGUGUAUGACACGCCAUCGCUACACAGGAGAGACCCGGCAGAGCAAUAGCGCCCGUCUCAUUGUCUCAGAUCCCACCAACUCCGCCCCCCACAUCCUGGACAGUUUCGAGCGCCGUGAGGUGAUGGCAUCUCAUCGAGUGGAGUUGCCCUGCAAGGCCUCCGGUCACCCCGCACCCAAAUACCGCUGGCUGAAGGACAACCGGCCGCUGGAGUCCGACACACGCUUCAGACAGAGUGUGACAGGCCUGCUGAUAGAGAGAGCCCAUGCCAGUGACACUGGGACAUAUGUGUGCGAGGUGUGGAACAGCUAUGGCAAUGCUGAGGUGGUUGGCAGACUGCUGGUAAAAGAGCCCCUGAAGGUCAUGGUGAGUCCACGGAAGGUGAAGGGGAGCGUGGGAAGCCAGGUGUCACUGUCCUGCAGUGUCACUGGCUCUGAGGAGUACCAGUUGUCCUGGUACCGGAACGGAGAGCUCAUCUACCCCAGUAACAGCGUCCGCAUGACAGGCCAGAACAGAGAGAACCUGGUAAUGGCUGGUAUGGCCAAGAGCGACGGAGGUGCCUAUCAGUGUUUUGCCAGACAUGGCAAGAUGUCAGCGCAGGACUUUGUUCAAGUCAUACUGGAAGAUGGCACCCCCAAGAUUCUGGCUUCAUUCAGUGAGAAGGUCUACAACAUCAAUGAGUUUGUCUCACUGUCGUGCACGGUGAAGGGCACGCCAGAGCCACGGGUGACAUGGACCCUGGAUGACGAGCCUGUGAUACGAGACAGCCGCCACCGCAUCUCCUACUACACCAACACAGAGGGACACGUGGUCAGCUACCUCAACAUCAGCCAGACCCAGGUUCCUGAUGGAGGGGUGUAUCGCUGCAUCUGCAACAACUCGGCCGGGACAGUUUCCUACCAGGCGCGAAUAAACGUAAGAGGGCCUGCCAGCAUCAGACCGAUGAAAAACCUCACUGCCAUCGCUGGGCGGGACAUGUACAUCCACUGCCGUGUCAUUGGCUACCCAUACUACUCCAUCAAAUGGUACAAGGACUCCAACUUGCUGCCGUACAACCACAGGCAGCGGGCCUUCGAGAACAACGGCACAUUGAAGCUGUUUGAUGUGCAGAAGGAUGUGGAUGAAGGAGAAUAUACGUGUAAUGUUCUGGUGCAGCCUCAGCUCUCCACACACCAGAGUGUCUAUGUUACUGUAAAAGUCCCACCCACCAUCCACCCAUUUGAGUUCCCUCGGUUUUCCAUUGGCCAGCGAGUCUUCAUCCCGUGUGUGGUCAUGUCUGGCGACCAACCCGUCUUUAUCACCUGGCAGAAGGACGGCCGCUCGAUUCCAGCCAGCCUGGGUGUCACCAUCGACAACAUAGACUUUACCAGCUCUCUGCGCAUUUCCAAUCUCACACUGAUGCACAAUGGCAACUAUACCUGCAUCGCACGCAACCAGGCUGCUGCCGUGGAGCACCAGAGCCAGCUCAUCGUCCGAGUUCCUCCCAAAUUUGUGGUGCAACCUAAGGAUCAGGAUGGCAUCUAUGGAAAGGCGGUGAUAUUAAACUGCUCGGCAGAAGGCUAUCCUGUCCCUACUAUACAGUGGGAGUACUCUAAAGGUGCCGGGGUCCCUCAAUUCAAACCCAUCGUCCUAAACUCAGGCUUUCGGAUCGAGGUGCUGGUCAAUGGCUCUCUGCUCAUUAAGCAUGUGCUGGAAGAAGACAGUGGCUUCUACCUGUGUAGAGUCAGCAACGAUGUUGGAGCUGAUGUCAGCAAGUCCAUGUUUCUCAAUGUCAAAAUCCCGGCCAUGAUCACGUCCUACCCCAACACCACUCUGGCCACGCAGGGCGAGGAGAAGAAGAUGAGCUGCACGGCACAUGGUGAGAGGCCUAUCAUGGUGCGAUGGGAGAAGGAGGAACGCAUCAUCAACCCCGAGACCAGCCGCUAUGUGGUUUCUGUCAAGGAGGUGGGCGAUGAAGUCAUCUCCACCCUGCAGAUCAUGCCCACAGUGAGAGAGGACUCUGGCUUUUUCUCCUGCCACGCCAUCAACUCCUUUGGUGAAGACAGAGGAAUCAUCCAGCUCACAGUGCAAGAGCCCCCGGACCCCCCAGAAGUGGAGAUCAGAGAAGUGAAGGACAGAACAAUUGCCUUGCGUUGGACUAUGGGUUUUGAUGGCAACAGCCCAAUCACAGGCUUCGAUAUUGAGAGCAAGAACAAAUCAGCCUCCUGGGACACCGCGCAGAAGACCAAAGAUGUCUCACCUCAGCUCAACCAGGCCACCAUCAUCGACCUGCACCCCUCUUCCACCUACAACAUCCGCAUGUUUGCCAAGAACCUGAUCGGCAAAAGUGAGGCCAGCAACGAGCUAACCAUCACCACUGACGAAGCAGCUCCUGAUGGACCACCUCAGGAAGUGCAGCUGGAAGCGCUCUCCUCUCAGAGCAUCCGGGUCUCUUGGAGGCCGCCCAAGAAACACCUUCAGAAUGGGGCCAUCAGAGGCUACCAAGUGGGCUACAGAGAAUACAGCUCGGGCGGAAACUACCAGUUUAGUGUGAUCAGUGUGGAAACCACGGGGGAUAACGCAGAAAGCCUGGUUCUGGACAACCUAAAGAAGUUCACCCAGUAUGGAGUCGUGGUGCAAGCCAGCAACAGUGCUGGGACUGGGCCCUCUUCCACAGAAGUGGCUGCUACCACACUGGAGGACGUGCCCAGUCGCCCUCCAGAGAACGUGCAGGCCACUGCCACUUAUCCAGAGGUCAUCUCUCUAUCCUGGCUGACUCCUCCCAAAGAUGCUCUGAACGGCAACCUGCUGGGUUUUAGGGUCAUCUACUGGGCCAACCUGCCUGAUGGAGAGCUUGGAGAAAUCAGGAACGUGACAACCGCAAAGCCCUCGCUGGAGCUUGAUGGACUGGAGAAGUAUACCAACUACAGCAUCCAAGUGUUGGCCUUCACCAGAGCUGGAGAUGGCGUUCGCAGUGAACAGAUUUACACCCGCACCAAGGAGGACGUUCCUGGUCCUCCUGCAGGUGUGAAGGCAGCAGCUGCAUCCAACUCUGUGGUGUUUGUGUCGUGGCUUCCUCCUCUCAAAGUGAACGGCAUCAUCAGGAAAUACACUGUUUUCUGCUCCAACCCACACCCCACGGUGAGCAGUGAGUUCGAGGCAGCCCCAGAUGUGUUCUUCUACCGCAUCCCCAAUUUGAGCAGGAACCGGCAGUACAGCAUCUGGGUGGUGGCGGUCACCGCCGCAGGACGAGGAAACGCCAGUGAAAUCAUCACUGUCAAACCCAUGGCUGAGGCUCCAGCUCAGAUUCUGACCUUCAACAGGACGGUAACAACCCCAUGGAUGAGGGACAUAGUGCUGCCUUGUAAAGCAGUGGGUGACCCAUCCCCAACCAUAAAGUGGCUGAAGGAGAUCAACGGUACCCCGGCACCUGUUGUGAUUGACAGCCGGCGCAGUGUCCAUGGUAAUGGCAGCCUCGUUAUCCGCACAGUUAAAGCAGAGGAUUCUGGGAACUACACCUGUAUGGCCAGUAACAGUUUUGGGUCUGACAAGAUUGUCCUCAACCUGCAAGUUCAAGUUCCACCUGACCAGCCUCGUCUCACUGUGACCAAGACAACUACCACCUCCAUAACCCUCUCCUGGAUCCCAGGAGACAAUGGAGGAAGCUCCAUUAGAGGCUACAUUCUACAGUACUCGGAGGACAACAGUGAGCAGUGGGGUAACUUUGCCAUCAGUCCCAGUGAGCGCUCCUAUCGGCUGGAGAACCUCAAGUGUGGCACCUGGUACAAGUUCACCCUCACUGCCCAGAAUGCAGUGGGGCCGGGACGCAUCAGCGAGAUCAUUGAAGCAAAGACUCAUGGGAAAGAACCUCAGUACUCUAAAGAACAGGAGCUUAUCACGAGCAUCAACGCCACUCGUGUCAAGAUAAACCUGAACGGCUGGAAUAACGGUGGAUGCCCCGUCACCUCCUUCACUCUCGAGUAUCGGCCCAUGGACUCGCCAUCUUGGACCACAGCACAGCGCACGUCCCUCACCAAGAGCUACAUCCUGUACGACCUGCAGGAGGCCACCUGGUACGAGCUGCAGAUGAAGAUCUACAACAGCGCCGGCUACGCCGAGAAGAGAGUCAAGUUUGCGACCCUCAGCUAUGAUGGCAGUACCAUCGCACCUUUGGUGAAGGCGCCCAACAUAAGUGAGGACCACUCAGGGGGCGGCGAAGGUUUGAAGAUGAUGGUCACCAUUUCUUGUGUACUGGUCGGCAUUGUUGUAAUCUUCAUCGGGCUGCUGGUGCUGAGGAGGAGGAGGAGGGAGCAGAGGCUCAAGAGGCUCCGAGAUGCAAAAAGUUUGGCUGAGAUGCUCAUGAGUAAAAACACACGCCCAGCAGAGCCAAUCAACAAACAGCAACAGACGCUCCGCAUGCACAUCGACAUCCCCAGAGCCCAGCUUCUGAUAGAGGAGCGAGACACUAUGGAGACAGUUGACGACAGGUCCACCGUGUUACUGACCGACAACGACUUUGGAGAGACCCAGAAACAGAAGUCCUCCACAGUCACCCACACGGUCCACUACCAGUCACUGUCUCAGGCCACUGGUCCACUGGUAGAUGUGUCCGAUGCCAGACCAGGAACCAGUAAGUCCAAUUUUGGAAGAGUGAGUGAAGACACUGUGUACCCGACAGCCAGACGCACAGCCAAAGCCGGCCCAGCUGCUCGCAACCGCUAUGCCAGCCAGUGGACUCUGAACCGGCCACACCCCCCUGUCUCCUCCCACACUCUCAGCACUGACUGGAGGCUGCCCACGCCCAGAGUCGCGGGCUCUGUCGACAAGGAGAGCGACAGCUACAGCGUCAGCCCAUCUCAGGACACAGACCGAGCGAGGAGCAGUAUGGUGUCAACAGAGAGCGCCUCGUCCACCUACGAGGAGCUCGCCAGAGCCUACGAGCACGCCAAGAUGGAGGAACAGCUGCGGCACGCUAAGUUCACCAUCACAGAAUGCUUCAUCUCUGACACUUCCUCUGAGCAGAUGACGGCAGGCACCAACGACUACACCGACAGCCUGACCUCCAGCACACCGUCUGAGUCAGGCAUCUGCCGCUUCACUGCUUCCCCGCCCAAGCCUCAGGACGUCAGCCGGGUCAUGAACAUGGCUGUACCCAAGGCCCACAGACCGGGGGGCGAGUUGGUUCACCUUCCUCCGUACCUGCGCAUGGACUUCCUGUUGAACCGAGGCAUGUCCUGCUCAGGCUCAUCCAGGGGGACGGCGAGCGGGGAGAGAGCCGCCAUGGGCCAGGCCUGUCUGGAGCCCCAGAAGAGUCGGUCUCUGAAACGACCUUCUCGCAUGGCGCCCCCGACGCCCACAGAGGCCCCUCAGGCCAGCAGGGACCCAGGGACGCAGUGGCAGCCAGGCUCUGCAGCCACGCUCCCCCACAGAGAGGGCUCAGAGCUGGCACAGGCCGCCAAGCUCAGCACCUCCCAGGAGUCCCUGCUGGACUCGCGAGGACAUCUCAAACCGAGCAGCAACCCCUACGCAAAGUCCUACACGCUGGUAUAACAGCAGGGGCACCUGGGGCAGGACUAGACCUCACUCUAACACUGGACUUAACACUCAAGUGCAGUAAACUGACUUUCACCACACAGUUCUGUAUAUAUAUACGUCCCCUCUCUCCAAGGGCGGGGUCACUUUUACUAAUCUUCUUUUAUUUAUUUUUUAGAAAGUUAUUUUAUCUCUUGUUU